AUGCAAGAGAGGCAGUCUGUAGAGGAGCCCACGGGCAUUUCCAAUAGAGCCCGGCUAGAAGUUCUAGAGGAUCACACCAACAAGAUUACUUCAAUUCUUGAUGGUGUCACCAACAACUUAGCCGAGCUGCGUGUGGCCAUGGAGACCUCUAACAAGGAUAACCAGAGGGCCAUGGAGAACAUAAGAAGAGAGACGAACACCACAUUGGAGCGGCUAGAGAGGAGACUAGCCGAGAACCGUCCUGGGACACCACCUCAUGGGGGCGAUGCAUAUGCUGAGGGACUGGAAGCCAGUGUAACCGAGUCCAUGCAUGCGUCGCCAAGGCAAGGUUGGAGGCAUGGUGGCCGUGUAGAGAACCGCCAAGGUUACCAUGAGAGGUGGAUUCCGAAUGCUGCUUUUGAGAGGGAGGACCCAUUGGCUGGCUAUCGGGCUAGGAGCCCUAGUGUUCACCAUGAGCACCAGGAAUUUGAGCACGAGCAAGGCUAUGAGGAGCCUUACCAACAUGAACAACCCGGACCAUGGAGAAGACAGCAUGGUCGUGGCUACCAUGGGCCACAAUUUGAGAGGGACGACUAUGAAGAUAGAAGAGGAAACCGAUAUCAGGAUUGGGGACCCAGGCGCCCUAAGGUCGACUUCCCAAAGUAUAGCGGUGGUGACCCCUAUGAGUGGUUGGACAAGGUCCAUCACUACUUUCUGACGUAUGACAUCCCACGCCAUGAGAGGGUGUCCAUAGCCUGCUUUUACCUUGAAGGCAAGGCUGGAAAAUGGUGGCGUUGGAUAAGGGACCAGUACGACAAGGAUCAUAUGAGGCUGGGCUGGACAGCCUUUGAGAAGGAGCUCCUCAGUCAGUUCGGGCCAUCACCAGUUGUCAAUCACCAUGGGCAGCUGGCCAAGCUAAGGCAAGAGGGCAAGGUCCAGCACUAUAUAGAGGAGUUCAGACAGCUACAGAUCAUGGUUAGGGGCUGGUCGGAGGAAGCCUUGAUAGGCACAUUCAUUGAUGGUUUGAGACCUUGGCUUGCCAAGGAGAUCAAACUUAGACAACCCACAAGGCUACCCGAGGUGAUGAAGAUGGCUGAAAUUCUUGAGGAGAGCCAUUCUAGUGAGCGGCGCCCAACCAAAGACAUGGGGAGCAAGUCUUUCAAGACUGUGCAAACCAAGGUCUCUUGGAAGGGAAGGGACACAUCAGCCACCACCUCCAAACCGAGACCGGAGAUCAAGAAGCUAUCCAGUGAAGAGGUGCAAGAGCGCAUCAAGAAGGGGCUGUGUUUUAAGUGCGGAGACAAAUGGAGCCCCGGUCACAAGUGCAAGGCAGCUCAGGCCUUGUUUAUGUUUGAGGACGAGUCAAGUGAUGAUGAGUCUGAAAGCAGCCAAGAGGAACCCAGCCAAGAGGAGGAAACCGAGGAAACCGAAUCUGGUGGCACACCAGAGGAGGCUGAGCUAUCAUUGAAUGCCAUGGCUGGCAUUUCUAAACCCACGUCCAUGAGGUUGAUGGCAUGGGUGGGCAAGCAUGAAGUGACUUUGCUAGUGGAUAGCGGCUCCACACACAACUUCAUUAAUUCCAGCAUUGUGGGCAAGGUUGGACUUAAGCCGAGCCCUAUUCCCCCAUUUGAAGUGAAGGUGGCAAGUGGAGAAAAGCUGCAAUGUGAGGCCCUCAUCCGUGAAGUGAAGAUGAAUGUUCAGGGGGUCCGUAUUAUGGCAGACUUGCAUGUGCUGCCCUUGGUCGGCCUUGACUUAGUCUUGGGGAAUGCUUGGCUGAAGAGCCUUGGCAGGGUUGUCCAUGACUAUCACAACAUGACCAUGGAGUUUAAACUUGGCUCCAAGAAGCGACUGUGGACAGCCAUUGCCAGUAAGGAGAUCAAGUCAUGCGAGGCCAUUAUGUUUGAGAAACUUUGCAAAGGCGGGGCACAUUGCUUCGCCAUCGUGGUGGCCAAAGAGGAUGUAAUGAGACAAGUCGAGAACAAGGGUCAGGAGGGCACCCAUGAUGAUUUAGAGCUACUGCCCGAGGAAGUCAAGCCUGUCUUAGCAGCCCACAAGGGGGUUCUCGAGGUGCCCACUGCACUUCCACCUCCUAGAGAGUUUGAUCACAGAAUUCGACUAGUGGAUGAAACCAAGCCGAUCAACGUGCCACCCUAUAGAUAUGCCCACUUUCAGAAGGGAGAGAUUGAACGGCAGGUGGAUGAGAUGCUGAAGAGUGGCCUAAUCCGCCCUAGUACCAGUCCCUUUUCUUCACCAGUGCUGUUGGUGAGGAAGAAGGAUGGCACAUGGAGGUUCUGUACGGACUAUAGGGCCUUGAAUGAAGCCACGGUCAAGGACAGAUUUCCCAUCCCCACUGUCGAUGAGAUGUUAGAUGAGCUGCAUGGGGCUACGGUGUUCUCAAAGUUAGAUCUAAGGGCCGGCUACCAUCAGAUUCGAAUGAAUGAGGAAGACAUCCAUAAGACAGCCUUUAGGACUCACUCAGGCCAUUAUGAAUACCUAGUGAUGCCUUUCGGUUUGUGCAAUGCUCCAUCAACGUUUUAG